AAUUUGCAUCAUAAGAACUCGGUGUCAAGAACAGUUGAAAGAGAAGUAGAUGAAGCUACCUAUGAAAAGGAAUUAUUUAUGAAAAAAAAAGAUGAACAAACCAUAACGGAGGAAAAACAUGAAGAUACCAGUGAAGAUAAGAAACGGAUGUUUAAUGAAAUUAAACCAAGUAAAAAAAGCAAAAUGGUUUCCAUUGUAGCAAAAAUGGGAGAAAUAUAUAACAAUAUACAGACCCAGACGACAACUGAUACAAAAAGUCUACCCCAUAGGAUUAGGACAAUAAAAAAGAUUAAACUUCUUGAUGGCACUAUUAAAAAACAAGACAACGUCAAAGAUGAUGUGAAGCAAACGGUGACGACUUUUCUUAAAAAUAGACUAAGAUACUCCUCUGUUAAUAAGGGGAAUAAGGUGCUAAAUGACGUAGUGAAAAGCCAGCAUCUACCACCAAGCAACGAUGUUAGAAAAAAGCAAGUACUUCGAGUUGAUGAUGUAGAAAAGACGAAAGAUGGUUAUGCUGCCAGAGAAACGACAGGUGAUCGUGCUGAAACAAAGAAACAAG